AUGUCGCAGGCUAUCGCGGCCCUGGUCCACGCGGCGCAGUACAGCCAGCAGAGGGACGUCGAUCCAUCCAGCACCCCUCCUCCGCUGCCGCCCAUAUCGAACGACUACCCGUACCCGUACUCGCAUCUCCAACACAUCGGUUUCUUCGUGCUCUUCUUCUUCCCCGCCAUCGCCCUCAUUGUCGUGGCCCUGCGGGUGUACAGUCGAGUCAGCACGAAGCAAUUUGGCUGGGACGACGGGUUGAUAUGUUUUGCAAUGGCGGAGUCCGUCGCCGAGACGGCAGCAUCCUACAUGGGCAUGCGAUAUGCCUUCCUUGGCGUCCACGUCUACGACAUUCCCAUGGAGGCCGACAGUCGGCUUGGCAGCCUGUGGAACUACAUCAUCCAGCUGUUGUACAACCCGAUCCUUGCACUCGUCAAGACGUCGGUGUUGAUGUUCCUGCUGCGCUUGAGCGGGCAGAAGCGAUCAAUCCGAUACACCAUCAUCGGGCUCAACGUCUUCAACAUUGCGCUCAUGAUCGCCAUCUUCACAACCGUCGUCUUCCAGUGCCAGCCUAUCAGCUACUUCUGGGAGAAGGCGGGCCGCAACCCACCGACCGCGGGCAAGUGUAUUGAUAUGGGCGCCUUCUACGUCAGCACCGCGUCUCUGACCAUCUUCACUGAUGUCCUGGCCCUCGCCCUGCCCUUCUGGAUCUUCCUCGGACUAAAGAUGCAGAUCCGGGUCAAGAUAGCGUUGCUCGCCGUCUUCGCCCUUGGAGCCGUUGUCACCGCCAUCAGCGUGCUCCGCCUCGCGUGGCUGAUCGAGGUCUCGUACCACAUCAACGAGCAAGACCCAACGUACGACAUCCGCUUCACCUACUCAGCCGUCGAGACGAACCUUGCCAUCAUUGCGGCCUCGGCGCCGGCCCUGCGCGGCCUCUUCCUCCGCUGGUUCCCCAAGUUCUUCGCCUCGCUCAAGAGCUCCUCCAACCCCCGCUACGGCUACGGCCCAAGCGGCGACCCGACCAGGAAGUCCCGCACGACGGCCACGGCCACAGCGACUUGCGGCCGCGCCGCGUCGCAUCACCACCACCACGCCGACACGUUCCAACUCAAGAGCAUGAAGGGCCGGUCCGAGAUCCGGUCGCACUCGCCGACGACGAGCGAGGAGGAGAUCAUGACGUACGACGGUAUCAUGCGCACAACCGAGGUCAACGUCGUCUACGACGACAAGCGUGACUCGACCCCUCGCGGGGGUAAGGGGGAGCCCAUGGAGAGGGACGAGGCUCCCGGCCGCGGAAACUACGAAGCGAAACUGUAUUCAACCACCAGCUCGGGGAGCUUCUGA